AGAAUCUAUCCUCCAUCUCAGGGGUGUGUGUUUGUUUCAGAAAUCGUUGCCUGGAUUUUUCAUAUUUCUAUCGCUACUAAAGUCUCACAACAUGGCUGAGUAUCGAUAGAAGGCAUCCAGUCAACAGCCUUCAUGCAGCGAAACCAAACAUGGAACUUAUCAUUUCAUUAAAAAUUUUAAAGUAAAUUAUUUAACUUACCCAACAAACUUUGCAUAACAUUAAUUUCACUAGGCCUAUUCAUUUAAUUUAAUUUUUAUCUAACACCAACAGAUUAUUGAUACCAGUUUUUCCUACCUUUGUACCUACACUAUAUUUUUAAAUUGAUAGUUCCAUGUGUGGUGUUGAUUGCGGCCGUAGGACAUGAAGGAAAAGCAUAAGAUCAUCAGUUGGACUGUUAACACUCACAAAUUUAGCCUGCUUCAUCCAUUCUCCUUCAUGGUCACUGCCCCCCAACAUCUGUGCUGAGGCACAGAGUAGUAUGAAGUAUCCACGACAGAUUUCAAUGCCUUCCGGAAUUCAGCUUUGGCUGGAAGAGCAGUUAGAAGCCCGUGGUGUUGAUGCAAGAGUUUACUCCAACUACAUUCUAAGUGUUCUUUCCAACGAUUCCUCUGAACUCUCUGUCAAGCCAAAGGACCGUCAAGUGAGAAUUUUAAUUGACGAAUUGAGGAUUAAAUUAAAAGGAUUGCAAGAAAAAGGGCAGUUUCCUAAAUCUGAUAAAGUACCUAAAUCAAUUUGGGGUGAAAAUUCUCAAUCUCUUCAAGAAGAAGGUUUCAGCUACUACUCUGCACUCCCCUCUUCAAAUUCAAAAGCUAAGUCAGGUCAAAUCAACUCUUCUGUGGGAUCAUCACCUAGCAUCUGGAGUGGGAAAAGAACUUUUGGGAGUUCAGUUGGGAAAAACCGCACAGUUUCUGAAGGCAACAACCGUGAUAGCAAGAUCAGCUGUUAUUGGCUCGAAGAAGAUAAGGAAAACAACGGCAACAACAGAGAUGUUAAAGAGAAGUUAAGAUCACGGUCCACUGUUAAACAGCAAACCCCUGAGAAAACUAAUAGAAACAUGGCUAAAUCAUUGGACCGUAAAGAAGAUGUCAGUCGGAGAUCAGACACCAACAAAAGCCGAAGACUUUAUCAACAACCUAAUGAAUCAGCAAAUGAAUUCAAUAACAUCUUUUGGAAAAAUGAAAAACCAUUUGAUGAUUUAACCGGAUGUGAUAAGGACUUGCCUAUGGACUUUCAACAACUGCUGGAGUCACCAGAAUCUACCAAAGUAAGCUUUGACUACUCCCGUUUGGCCAGUAUAAAACAGCCCCCAUCAUUCAUUCAAUGUGGUACUAAUAUUACAAGUUCUAUUUGGUCUGAAAAUGCUGAGGAUAAAAUGGAAUGUUCCAUGACCAGUGAAGCAAAUAAUAAUGUCAGCAUUGGUCUAGAAAAGUCUGCUUGGGGAGCCAUGGGAGAAGCUUCUGUAAAAAUUCCUACAACUGAGCUAGAACCGUGUAGUAUGUUCAACAUCAGCCAUUGGAGUACUGGCAAUUCUAAUGUCUUCACAAAUGACUCUUGGAAAACUGUCGGCAAUAGUAAGGGGACCCUUGGAGAGAUUGGAAAAUGGUCUGAUGUUGAAGGAACGAGCCUGUUGAUAAAUGACGCUGAUAAUUUCUUUUCUUCAAUUGGUUCUAAUUUGCAUAGUAGUUUGACCACUUUGAAUCACAAUAAGGAAGAUAGUAGUUUCACUGAAGUUAUCCCUAAAAUGCAGUCUGGAUUUUUUGGUACAAAAGAUAUUGUUAAUAUCGAACCGGCUGUGAAUUACAAUGACAUAACCUCGUCCAUCAAAAAAGAUGAGGAAGAUCUACUGACCUCAAUGAAAACACAUUUUCGUCCUAUCAAACACGAGGUUGUUGAAGUCGCUUCUUCAACUGUUGAUCCUUCAUUCCCUGAUGGCACCACUUUUCCUAUAUCCAACCGUUUGGAUGAGCCCAACUUUCAUAAGAGUCCAGGUGGAGGUUUGUAUUUGGAUUCUGAUGUUAACAAAAAGUAUAUGGCAUAUAAUGAUGCUGAAGACGACACUCCUAGUGAGUUUGUUCCCAAAUUCCUUGUAAAAAGUUUGAAGAAUGAAAAGUUUUGUCAGACAGACGAGUUUGUACCCUCAGCUCAAAACUGUACAGAGCUCGAAAGUGAAGAGAUGUACUUCCCAGAGGAUGAAAAGCUUGUUCGUAGUAUGGUUGAAGGGGAUGAAAUAGAAGAGGAAGAUGAAAAUGUGUUUUUGAGUGGAGAAACGUGCAUCAAGGUGGAUGGCUGGAUGGCUACUUGGCCUACAAGUGGAAUUUGGAGCAAUGAGCCAAAUGUUCAGCAGAUUUGGUGUGGAGCUAAUGUCUGGAGCAACAACGAGGUGUCUACCAGUGUAGAGGGGGGAGGUGGUGGAGGGGGCGGGGGUGAGGAGCAAUACACUCAGCUGUGUAAUGAGUGGACUCAGGAGGCGGAGGAACUUCUGUCAGACAUCAGUCAACAACUAUACAUGGCCAACUACGUAGACACUCAGCCACCAAAGCCUGUUGAAGGAGACAGUAAGCCAAGCGAACCCUCAGUAGUUGUAAGAGGUGUAUCUCGAGAACGGAAACGACGACACUGGUCGAGUCAGCUUGGAACCAACUGUCCUCCACUCCAUUCACAAGGGCCGUCCCGCUCCCGGCCACUUACUCUCUAAUGCAGUCUUAAAUAUUCAACACACCUUCGCUUCUCAGUCAGUUUUCUGCUAAUUUAUCAUUUUUGCUCCUUCAUAAAUAUUUCGUUGUUUACUUGGGUCAAGUACAAAUCACUUCAUGACACAGUUUAAAAGUAGACCGAUUUGGCCAACUCAGUUAUUUUUGUUACUGCAUUUACGAUAUUGUUGAAGCAAGUUAAUUGUCAAAUGGCGUAUUGUAUUGUUUUUUGGAAUUGAGUUCAGAUGUUAAAUAUUGAUGAACAUGUAGCUAGUUAUAGUAGAGUUAUAGUAAUAUUUAGCUGAUUUAACAGAUUUAUUUAAUCUUCUAGUGUUUUUUUUCCUUCUCGAAUAACCCAAGUAAUUGUUGUACCUCUCAAACUGGGAAUCUGUUAAAUCAGUUAAUGUUAAGUUAAUUUUUAGGUUAAUUAUGUCAAACAGCAGUUAAAUAUGUUUCAAAACUGUAAUUCGUGUUUGAUAAAAAAAGUGGCCUGUAUACAUGUUUAAUUCAUCUGUUAUUUCUAAAAGUGUACUUUUUGUCUCCUACUUGAAGGCAAUGGCAUUUUUCAUUAAAUUAUUUUGAAGCUAAAUGGAAAAAUCGAGUUGAUAGAAAACAAUAUUGUUAUUGGCAAUAAUGUUCUAAAUAAAUGGAAGGAAUUUGUAUACUAAUACACAAAAUUAUUUUCAAAAGAAACAAUUUUUUUGUGUUUAUUUUUAUUGUAGUAGAAUAUUAUAAAAUUUGAUAAAAAAGUUUAUUAAUCUUAUUUUUGUAGCUGCUCUGAACUAUUUCUCGCUAACUUUUUCUUGUAACUUAAUCUUACAUAGGGACAAAAAUAUUGUAGAUUAAGCAAAUUAAUUAUGAUAUAGAGGGAAAGAUGUCGAAGGAGAAAACAUUGUGAGUACUUAGUGUGAUUCACAAAACAUUCGGACGGUAUAAUAUAAGGUUGUAAAUAAAUAAAAGUGAGAAAAGGAUGAUCGGUGAUAGCAAGCCCUACAGGUUGUUAAUUACCUGGACCAAAAAUUAAAUCGGUGUGGAGUAGAAUAAUAAUAAAUAUAAUUUAUUUUACUAAUCAAUCAAUGUUGGUGAUGUUUAUUUGUUUGAGCUAGUAUUUGCUCCUCAGAAGAUAUAAUAUCAUAUUAUUUUGUCUGGUAAAAAUAUAAUAAGUAAAAAAUCUCCUUGAGGAGAUAAAAAAAGUGGUUUAGUUAGUUUAUGUUGAAUGUGUCACAGUAGCUUAGCACCCUGUUUGUGGAUCAGUUGAGCACCUCCCAAGCAAUAACUGUAAAUCAAAUGUACCGUUCUUUGGAGAUAUUCAUGUUACAUUUGCUCAAAAAAUUAUAUCACUAAAACUAACUAAAACUACAAUUUUCUGUUCUACUGCCAACUGUUAUGUUCAAUAUUCUCUUAUUGUUGUGUGGGCGAGGGUGUGUCUAAAAUAGUUGUUAGUAUUUGUAAAAAAAGUAGAAUAGAAAUAUCACACAUGUAAACCUGUGUCGAUUCAAACCUACAACAUUACAACAAAUUGGCUGAUAAAUUGGAAGUUUUUAAAGAUUUAACACGUUAAAUUUAAUUCUGUUUACAAAGUAGCAUUAUCAGUGUGUGUAUGUUACGGAGUGUUCUACGUGUACUUGUACAAAAAAUAUAAAAUGCCCGUACGAACUUACUGUUACUUUAACAAAGUUAUGAUUGUUUUAUUACUUACUAAUUUGGCAAACCAGUUUUCUCAUAGUUAGUCCAGGUUAUCAACAAUUUAAAAUAAGGUAUAAAAGUUGAUUGCAUACCACAAUGGGCCAAUUGUCAUAAGUUUAAGGCUAUUUCACACUGCCAUAGCAUUGCUUGAUCAACGUUGAUGCUUGAUCAACGAGGGUGAUACAGGGUUUUUAUUUUGUAAUUUAAUGGUACAUUUCAUGCUGGUUAAGAGCGGAAGAGAGUUGUGGUGUAUCUUGGCAAACACAUGCCUCUCAUCACUUGGUUAACAAUGUCUAGAUUAAUAACAUAACACCCCUGCCAUACCAAACCUGCAGACUGAGCAAAUUUGCUUUGCCUGUUUGAAUUUUCAUCAAAAUAUUUUCUUAAACAUGUCAGAUUUAUUCCUUACUAGCAGAAUGUCCUUGGCACAGUGUUGGCAUAGUAUAACAUAUAUACCAUAGCCGUAAUGUUCUACCACUACACCUAAACAAUAAAAAAGUGAAUUAUCAAAUGUUUGCACAAUAUCCUACACAAAUAAACAAUCCUACUUUUAACAGUUCUCAUUGUGCAUCCCAGCUUUUUGUUGCGGCUUGGUUCAAAUUGGCUAUGUUGUCAUAAAUGAAAAAAAAAUUAAAAGUGCUGCACCCUGUUGGUGAACCUUAUGACUUUAAAUAAUAUUGAAUAUCAUACAACAACUUGUGUAAUUGAAACAGCUGACAAAAUUCACUUUUAAAUAGGAAUACCCAUAAGGUAAGCAUGGCUCCAGAGCCAUUGGGGCGGGGCCCCAAAGGAUUUUUGAGAUAAGAAUAUGUCUAUAUGUUAAUUGGGAAUGUGAGCUAUCAUCAUAACAAAAGUUAGCCCAAUCCGACCUGUAGUUAAAGCUGGAUUGAACAUCAAACAAACAAACAAAGACACAAACUUUCACAUUUAUAAUACAGUAUUAGUAAGAUUAAAAUGCAUUAGGAUUAACCCCAAGACUGCCCCAGGAUGGUUUGGAUGAAUGACCAUGUCAUUUAUUAAAUUUUGCAAGGGUUUUUUUUUCAAUUUACUGUGUCUAAAUUACUUAUGAUAACAUAGUCGUAUAUUUACUCAUUUUGUAGAAAAAAAGGAGAUUUUGAAAAUAAAUAAAAAAUCCCUAGGGGUAAUUUUUUUGCUACAGUUGAAAAACUAAUACAGUUAAAAUAACUAAUCCAUCUUCCACAUAAAUUUCAAAUGUUGAGUCCUGGCAUUUUCCCACAAAAUUUUCUCCUAUAAAUAAUUACUACCCUGUUAAUUAUUAUUUUAUUAUUAGGGGUGUUUUUAGUGGUAUGUUAAAAGCUUAGUUUGAAAUAAAUAAAUUGGCCAAAUCUUGUCAAAAUAUAUCCUAAACUGGUUCACUUAUAAAUUCUCCAUAAGAAUAAUGUAGGAAUUCUAUGUCCAGUUUUUUUUUUUUUUUUUAUUUUCUCCGUAAACAUUAAACGGAGUGUAACUUUUUCAAUAUACUAAAUCACACUCCCAGAAAUGGUAUAAAAAGAAAUCAGAAAAUUUUAUGUUUUGAGGGUUAAUGUGGGAAACUCUCCCCGGGAGCCUUGUUCCCAUAGUUUUAUCAUGCUGGUUUGCAAAUUUGUUGGAUAAAAGAUAGGUUAAAAUGUUUGUACUAAAUUUCAUCAAAACAUUAGAUUUUAACUUGACUUAUGGUGAAGAGAAAGUGUUUUUGUUCUCUAGGGAAAUCAAAACUAAAUAGUAAAUCCAUUUGGAGUUUAGUUCUUACCACGAGACUAAAGAUAAAAGCUUUUCCCCCACAUGCAAAAUUUGCUGAAAAUUUAAAUAUAUAUCUUUCUCAACUUACGUCUUAUCAUAGUAUUAGCCAAGCUUAUCUCUAUUGUUGUAUGUCAGUAGCACAUGAUGUGUGUUUACUAAAUUAGUGUCAACAUUUGGUAUCAUAACAUCAUGUAUAUUCAUAGGUAAAUGGUUAAUCAGCUAGCAACAAAUUUUAACUCAUUACAGCAAGCCAAUCAUAACUUGUAUUCGCCAAAAUACAUGUUUGUAGAUUUGUUUUUGGUGUGAUCAAGGGUUUGUGUUUUUUCUUUCAAAGACGUCACUGCAGCAAUGUUACGCAAGUGUGAAACAGCCUUCAUUGAGUUGAAAUGUGUGUAUAAUCCAAGCAGUAAAGUGGUGGCAAAACUUAGUGUAUAAGAUUGUUUAACUUGAUUAUAGGUUUGUUGCAGUUAUCAAAUUUGUUGAAUUUUUAGUUCAAAUUGUUAGUUUGUUACCUUUUUAUUUAUUUAAACCAGAUUGUUUUAAUUUGUUAAUCCGAUUAUAAAACCUAAACAUUAAAUUACUAUUUAAUUUUGUUUCUGUAAUAUUUUAGUUAGUCGUUUUGAACAGAUAUCACAAACUUAAUUGAUUUUUUUGUCUUUUAAAAUUUUUGAAUUUUUUUAUAUCAUUGGUGUACUUAUAUUCUACUUGGUUAAGCAAAUUGAAUUAUUGUUAAAUAUCUUUAAAGGAUUAAACUUAAUUUUGGGUCAUACAUUUUUUGUAUUGUAAUUUGAUUUAGUUAGUGACAUCAACAUGAUAUUGUUGUCAUUGACUACAUGUCUCAGAGCACUGCACACUGCAGUGCUGAAUUGUAUGGGACAACAACAUGGCUGACGUAACAUCUGUCGCCUCUCAACUGCUAACCUGCACUAUUUCUAUUGUGAAUUGAUUUAUUUGAUAGCUUAUGUUCUUAGCCUUGGGAACUAGUGCAGGUUAGACAUAAUUAGUGUAGUAGUUUAUAAUUUAAAGUUUGUGGUCUUGGGGCAGUACAUUGUGCUAGUGAGAAGACUUGGGUGUGCUGUGAGGUAUGGUUUCUGUUUCUAGUCAAUAUGUAGGUUUAUUGGCAGUCCAGUGAGUGUGCAACACACUCAAGUCAUCACUCAAGUGUACUGACAUAAAGCAUCCAAAUUGUUUUCCAUUUCUACAACUAACUGUUUUAGUUGUAGAUGGUUAGUUAAAACUGUUAAUGUAAUUUAUCUCAAAAGAUUAAUAAUUUACAUCUCUCAAACAUUAAUAUUGAAGUUUUUAGAUUUUUUAAAUUUCUGCUUUCAAUUAACAGUUUAAAAAGUUGCCUUGGUUUUACUAUUUUAUAGUGCCUUGGUAAUAAUUAUAAAUAACUAGUACAUUUGUAAUUAUUAUAUUUAUACUUUCUCGCACCAUAUUGCUGAUUAUCGAUUUAAAACUUGAGCUGGAGAUGAUUUUGGUAUAGGAGUGUUUUUUUACUUUCUCCCCCUAUACCAAAGUACAGUAGGCCUAUAUGGAGAAAGAAUUGCUUUCGUCAAAAUUUUCAGGGUUUUUUUUAGUGGAUAUAUCCGUUUUGGGUCCCCUGAACCCAAAAAAGUGGCUUUUAAUGUGAUGCCUAUGUGUGGGUGUGUGUGGAUGUGUACAGAGCUACAGGCCAUACCUGUAGUCCGAUUUUGAUGACAUUUGAUAUUUAGGUACUAAUCCAUGGUAUCUCCAGGUGUUUUUUUUUUCAUUUUUUUUAUGGUAAUAAUAAAAACCCAUAAAAAUUUAAAAAUCGAAAGAUGGUGCUAACGAUUUUGUUUAAAAUUAAAUAUUUUAUAGCCCUUAAAAUUCUCUGAACAAAAUUGUAUAACUCCCAUUGCUCCAAAUAUUACUGUUCAAAAGUUAUUGUAACUUAUACUAUUUUCCCGUUAAAAAUCCCCUUAAAAUAACAGAAAAUCUGAUUCUUGAAAGAAAGCCGGGUUUUAUCACAAUAAGUAGUAUUUGAUGGUCCUUAUUACCAUCACACACCAUUAUCUAAACACAAUAGUGCAACCCCCAAUGCUGUACAAAUUUAAAAGUAAAUUGAAAAGGUUCAAGAUUAACUCAUUGUGAUUUUCCCUAUAAAAUAAAAAAGUGACUCCAACCGCAUACCCACGAUAAAGGUUGUUGACAAGCUAAUGGAAGAAAGUAUGUGUCAGAUUGCUGAUACUGUUUAUUUCUCAACAAAUUGCUUGCAUUUUAAAUGAUAAAUAUUUUCAUCAGCAAUACAUAGGAAAUUUUUUUAUUAUCUGUUACCUGCUAUGUUGAUAUUGGAGUAUCAUGUAGACAACAACUUGUGACUCUUGAUAUCUCCAGCUUAGGAUCCAAAUAGUAAGCUCCACAACCACAAGGCUACCCAUCUGUUACUGAGUUUUAUUUUGUGUGAUAUUCAAGAAUAAUUGGUAUGUUAUUGAUUAUAUGGCAUAUUACUUAGCAGAUGUUUCACAAAUUAUGGUGUUUUGAAAUAAUGCACCAUUAUGUGCUAAUUGUAACCUAACCAUCACAGUGUCUGUCAUUGGUAUAAGGAUUGUUAUAGUAAACAUUUACAAUUAGGCAUUAAAAAGUGCUGUAACAUAACCUAAUAAUAAAACUAUUGUCUGCUGUAAUUUUCUGUUAGUUCAUAUGAAGGUGUGUUAAUUUAUAAGCGAGAAAGUAUAAUUGUAAUUAUUUAAUUUAACUUGAACCAAAAGUUUCAGUUUGUUUUGUAGGUAGUAUUAAUUGGUAUACAGUUUAAAAAAUGUAUUUCUAUUCUUUUUUUUGAAAGUAUAAAACCUUUUUGGUUUAAUAAAUUUACCAAUGUUCAGUUAUA